AUGUCGAAUGAAGCCAGUUCGGAGCAGAACCUUUCUACCACAACAAUCAGUUCAGUUGCUGUUCAGGCUGGAGAUGCCAGUAUUGUUAUAGCUGUGCUUAAGUGUGGAAAAUGGGUGAAGCUUCAGCUGGCUGAAUCAACACCAAAUUUGUUAGAAAUCGGCAGCAACCAAGAUGAGACUAAAAAACUACUGCAAGAUCAUGAAUUCCUCCUAGCUAAACUGAAGGCUUUGGAAGAAAAGGUGUGGGACCUGCUGCAUGAAGCAGACAAAGCUGCAGAGGAGAACAAAGAAAAGAGUCAGGUUUAUGAUGCCAUGGCAGACACCCUUGGGGAUGCAUGGGAUGCCCUCAUCAUUAUGUUAGAGAAGCGACAGGCACUUCUGGAACUUACUUCAGUGUUCUUUGAAAAUGCUCUGAAGUUUGCUGUUAAAAUUGACCAAGUUGAAGAUUUCCUGAAAAACGCUCAAGAGUUCGAUAAUAUUGACUGUCUGAGAGAACUUCUUUUGCAACAAGAGCAUCAUACAAAAGAGCUUUUGGAAAAGUCACUUGCACUUUUAAACAAAAGCCAAGAGCUGACUGAAUUCAUAGAAGAGUUCAAAUGUGAGGGGCCAAAUGUAAAUCCAGAGCUGAUCCAGGGAGCCCACAGCAGCUGCUUGAAAAUUGACAAUCUCCUUGAAAUGCUACAAGACAGAAGACGGCAACUGGACAGGUUUCUUAAACAUCAGCGCCAAGGACUGGAACAGGUCCUGCAAAUUUGUUUGUGGCAUCAACAAGAGAAUCAGGUAACAUCAUGGUACAAGAAAAACAUCAGAGAUUACUUUCACAAGCAAAACUUGGGCUCAUCUUUAUUGGAAAAUGAAGAGUUACUUCAAGAACUUGAAGAAAUGGAAGUCAAAGUGAAAGAAUGGAAUUCCACUGUGGAACAACUAGAAGCUGAAGCACUUAAGAUCCUGUUUGCAGAGGACUAUACAGAAAAAGAACAUCUGAAGUUUUCAAAUCAGAAAAUGUGUCUGUUGAGAGAAGAGGUGUGCUUCCAUAUGGAAGAAAGGAAAGCCCUGCUACAGGAGGCCAAUGACUUUUUUCGUACUGCUGGCAAGGUACUUGAAGGUCUUGAAGGUGUUGAGAAUUACCUUAAAAUCUUUAAUUCAGAAGGCUUACAUUUACCUAUCUUGACAAUUAAGUAUGAGGAAUUACAUCAAACAAUUAAAGAUUGCACAGCAAGUACUUUGCAAAAGGGACAAACUUUAGUUAACAAAGCAGGUUCUCACAGCUCUUGGGUGACAGAAAUUCAGAAAAUGAUGGAAUAUGUUAAAAAAAAUGUAGAUAAAUUCAUCAGACAGUGUCCAGAUUACAAAGAAUUUACUUUAAAGAAACAACAAUGGACUUUGUCACUUGAAGAUCAUCUAAAUAAGGUGUCGCAGUCAAUUAAAAAAAUCACCCAAAUGCUUGCAGUUGGUAUGGAAAUUGGUUCCUAUUUGUCUGAGUCAGAAAGAGUUUUAAACAAACACCUUGAACUGGCCAAACAAACAAAGGAAACUUCACAUGAACUGGAAGCAGCUGAGAGAAUCAUCAACAAUAUGGAAGAAUUUGUACCUGAGCAGGUGGUAGCUUUUUCCAGCAGAAUUGACCUUCUGAAUGAAGAACUGAAAACAAUUGAAAAAAUUACUAAUUCAAAACUAGAAAUUCUAGAAACUUAUGUGGCUUUUUUAAAGUCAUCUGUGGAGGUGAAUGAUGACAUUCAAAAUCUGAAGGAGUUCUAUAAUUCAAAACCAGUGCAAAUAAACAGGGAGGCUGAAAAUAAAAUUGCAAUGGAGUCAGCUAAUAUGCAGUGGCAAGAGGCUAUAAAGAAGAUUUUUUCCACCCAAAACAUGGGUUGCAGUUUUCUUAAUUUAGUAAAUGUGGUAAAUGAGAGUUUAAUAUUGAAAGUAGAAAAAUCUGUACAAGUAACAGAAGAUAUCAUUGUCAAUCUGAGUAAAGAAAAGAAAGAGCUGACUGAUCUUUGGGCAAUCUGCAAUUUUAAAAUUACUCAAGUAAAACCUGUCCAUCAACAGCACCAAAUAUUUAAAGAGCAACUAAAAAUGACUACCCAUGGAUUCGAAAUUCUUCAAGAGGCACUUCAGCUUGCAGCAACAGUUGACCUUGGAAGCGACCUUUUUAUUGUUUUGGAACUACAAAAAAAGCUUAACCAAAUGAAACCAGAGUAUCAGCAACUGAAUGCUGAGCUUGAGUACCUGGUAAAAUUAUUAGAAUUGCCGAGCCAGAAGGAAUUUUGUGUAAAAGAGAAUUCUGAGAGAAUUAGUGAGCUUAUUCUUCUCCAUCAAACAGUAGAGGACACGAUGACAGCGUAUGAUGAGAUUUUUAACAAGACAGUCAAAUUCCAUCACAUUAAAAAAGAACUGGAAUGUCUAUCAAAAUCACAGGAACUGGAUAUUCCCAAAAUAUGUGAGGACCCUGAAAGUGUGCACCGUGUUAAAGCCUACCUUGCGAAUGCUCAGGAGAAACAUGCACAUAUCAGACAGCUGUAUAAACUUCUUAUUACCCAGGGAGUGGAUAUCUUGUCUGCAGUGCAGCAAAUUAGUUGCUUGAAUGUUUCUGUGAAGAAUCUGAAGCAGGAACUUGCUAGAUUUGAGUGUGAUAGCAUUAACUGGAGCUCCAAAGCUGAUAAAUACGAGGAAGAACUCUCACAGUGUUUUCAACACUGCACCACUCAAGAGGAGAUAAAUGAGUUCAGAGAAUCAUUUAAGGAUCUCAAAAAGAAAUUCAACAAUUUGAAGUUUAACUAUAUGAAGAAAACAGAAAGAGCUCGAAAUUUGAAAGUACUUAAAAUACAGAUUCAGCAAGUUGAUACAUAUGCAGAGAAAAUACAGAUUCUUAAAAAGAAGAUGGAUAAUUUAGAGAAGAAAGUCGUUGGCUCUGUAGCAAAUGAACUUAAUGUUAGAGUCUUCUUGGGGUCAAUCGGUGACUUACAAAAACAGCUGAAUGACUUUAGCAGAGUUGUGGAGGAUUACAAGCAAAAUCUGGAUCUCGUGGAGCAUCUACAACAGAUGAUGGAAGAGUGUCAAUAUUGGUUUGAAGAUGUGAGUGCAACAGUCAUUAGGGUUGGCAAGUACUCUGCAGAAUGCAAAACAAGACAAGCAAUAGAGACUCUCUACAAGCAAUUCAAUAAGUUUAUUGAGCCUACAGUGCCUCAACAAGAAGAAAAAAUUCAGCAGAUUAUAGACCUCGCUGAACGGUUAUAUGGUAUUGCAGAAGGGAAGAAGUAUGUUGAAAAAGCCAUAUUAAAGUACAAAGAAGUCAUUACUUCUGUUGAUGGGUUGUGUAGAUCUCUGAGAGAACUCAAGGAGAUGAAGAAAGAUGAGUUUUCUGAGGAGUUGGUUACUGUUCAAAAAGAGGAAAGAAAUGGUCAAGAGGCAUGUGAAGCUGUUAUUAAAGAUAAAUCAGAGGAACAAAAGCAGCAGGAGAGGAAUAAUUUGGCUGAUAUUCCAAUUAUCUGUCCAGCUGGUGAGGAUCUUGUUUCACAGGAUACAGAGCUGUCAUCUUCAGCCAAAGAGGAUAGUUUACAGACUGAAUUCCUGGCAGAAGAAAUAGCCUCCGGAGAUGAAUAUGAGUGUACAUCACCUGAUGAUAUCUCUUUGCCACCGCUUUCUGAAACACCAGAAUCCAACCUCUUGCAUUCUGAAACAGAGCUAGAAGAGCAGCGCUGUUGUAGCUCUCCUAGUCUGCAUGUCAGUUCCUAUAGUUUGCAAAUGCAGAAAACCACCAGUAUUAAUAAAAUGAUGGAAGCAUCUGAUCUCUUAACAAAUUCUGCUUAUGCUUAUGCUACAAAUAAGAGAACAGUAAGCCCAUCAGAUGAGUUUCAGAAGUUUUGUGGCUCUUCACCAGAUUCUGGUCCAAAAGUCAGACAAGUAUCUCCUUUGACUUGUAGCUUACAAAGGAUAUCUGAUGCUAGCACUGCAUCCAGCACUGUAAAUGCAAAACCAGUAUAUAGCUUGGUGAAUGAAGUGUGCAAAACACAUUUGAAACACCUUGAACUUUGUGAAAGCAUGACAGAAACGCAGAAACAAUUGCAUGACUUGAAUAACUGUACUAAAACCCAGCACAGGCUGCAUGCUUUGCCUGGUGCAUUCUCAGGUUUCGUGUUUCAAUCAGACGCCACAAGAAGCUGUCAGAGAGAGACGAUCACCCGAGAAGAGAUUAAAAGUUCAACAGAAAAGAGCAGCAUGGCCAGCCUAACUGGACAGGCGCCUAAUUUCUCCCAGCUUCUCUCUAACAAAACCGUCAUGGAAGGUUCUCCAGUAACUUUGGAAGUAGAAGUAACGGGAUUUCCAGAGCCUACACUGACAUGGUACAAGAAGGGCCAGAAACUGACUGCAGAUGAGCACUUAAAGCUUUUACAAAAGGAGACAAAGCAUACUUUGUUCAUUCAGAAGGUGUGUGAUAAAGAUGCUGGCCUCUAUGUUGUUCGGGCUAAAAAUUUGAACGGCACUAUCUCAUCAAGUGCUAUUCUCCAAGUGAAAGGUAACAGGCCACCUAUUACAAGAAUAGACUGGGUAAUGCUGUGUGUCAUCUAUAUUACCAUCUUACUAAUGUACUGGCUAUUCACAAAAUAA